CAUAAUUCACAAUCGCCACAGCCACUACAACUCAACCAGACGACUACAUGCCAAUUACUACAACAACAUGGCUACAUUUCGUCGGAGCAACUUUCGCUAUGCCUCGGCGACCAUUUUUCAGUUCUGGCAGCAGUGUCUGGGCGACGACUCGGCCUAAGCGAGUGCUUUCAUCAAUUUCGUUACGAACGCUGGAACUGUUCGGCAACGGUUGCUCGCAACAUCGAAUCAGGAGGCAAGCAGCGGCGCACAAAAGAGCAAGCAUUUAUGCAGGCUGUUAUGAGCGCUGGAGUUGUCUUCACCGUCACUGAAGCUUGCAGUUCUGGAAAACUUCUCAGAUGUUCCUGUCUUUCUAUCCCAUCAUCAUCCUCAUCAUCCUCAUCAUCCAACAACAACAACAAUCGCUUCAACGACGACACAUGGAAGUGGGGUGGUUGUAGCGACGACAUCGACUACGGAUUAAGUUACGCCAAACUUUUCACCGACAAACCAAUCAAAAAACAACUGCUGAAAAAUGGAAUUUUUAGAAUGUCGGAUUUGAAAGGAUUAGUUGAUUUACAUAAUAACGAAGUUGGCAGACAGAUUCUCUCUUCCUUAAUGAAAAUAAAAUGCCGGUGCCACGGCGUUUCUGGCCUCUGUGGCGUCCGGACGUGUUGGAAGUCGCUGCCGACGUUUCGCGAAGUCGGCGAUGCGUUGAAGAACAAGUACGAGACUUCAAUCGAAAUUUCGAGACCGUCUCAACAUCUUCUAAAGCGAGAAAAACGCCGACGCCGUCGCGAGCCCAUCUCCUCGGCCGACUUGAUUUUCCUAAAAAAAUCUCCGGACUACUGCAAGCAAAACCUGAAGAAGGGAAUCCCAGGAACUAGGGGACGACUCUGCAACAAAAACUCCACGGGCCCUGAUGGGUGUGACUAUCUUUGCUGUGGGCGGGGCUUCAACCUUGCUGAAACGCGAUUGGUCGAGAGGUGCCACUGCAAAUUUAUCUGGUGCUGCUCUGUUCAGUGUAAGAUGUGUGAACGUGUUGAGAUUAAAUACACGUGUAAGUGA